CAGACUUCCGUCCGUCGCGCGCAUGCACAGGCCUCUUUACGACUCGGCAGGCAAAGAUGGCGGAUGCACAAACCGAGAGGGCCUAUCAGAAACAGCCCACUAUCUUCCAGAACAAGAAGCGUGUUCUGGCCGUUGAUGGUGGCAAGGAAGGCAAGGAGAAGCUCCCCCGUUACCACAAGAGUGUCGGGCUGGGCUUCAAAACCCCAAGAGAGGCUAUUGAUGGCACUUACAUUGACAAGAAAUGCCCAUUCACUGGAAAUGUCUCCAUCCGUGGCCGUAUCCUCUCUGGUGUGGUGACCAAAAUGAAGAUGCAGAGGACCAUUGUUAUCAGACGUGAUUACCUGCAUUACAUCCGCAAGUACAACCGCUUUGAGAAGAGGCACAAGAACAUCUCUGUCCAUCUGUCUCCUUGCUUCAGAGACGUCACAGUCGGAGAUAUUGUCACUGUUGGAGAGUGCCGACCCCUCAGCAAAACCGUGAGGUUCAACGUCCUCAAAGUGACAAAAGCUGCUGGAGCAAAGAAGCAGUUUCAAAAGUUUUAGGUGCAAGAUGACUGAAAGGAAGCUUGCUGUUGCGAACUUGCCUUAAUGUCAAAUAAAAUCACAUUGUUUAAAUAGC